CGAAGUGAAUUCGGUACAAAAUAGUGAAUUGACUUCUCGACUAAAGUCAUCAAUUCACUACCUUCAAUUCGGACUCGAGCAGCAGGUGGUCGAGUUAGUGCUGACAUUGAAGCAGCCCAACAGUCUUAUUCCGGGCAGAGGUCUGAGCGGACCUCCAGCAGCUCAAUGUCAGUGGUGUGAGAGCUUGAAUCAUCUGAUGGAAGACUGUCAGGCUAUGCGGGAGUCAUCUACACCACAAGAGCAUAUGGACUUCAUCGCGAAUGCUUGGAGCCUCGAUCCAUACAGUAACACAUACAAUGAGGGGUGGCGCCAGCAUUCCAACUUCUCUUGGAAUGGCAACACCACAAACCACCUGGUUUCCCAGCACCAGCAGGUGGUUUUCAGUAGAGGCAGCAUUUCUAGGCUAGACAGGGGCCAGUCCCUCAGCAGCAGCCUUACCAGCCGAGGGAGGGGCAACCAUUUCAGCAGCCCCAGCGUCAGUAUGCCGAGCUAGCAGCAGAUCCAUCUCCCUAUAAUCAGAUGACCGAGCUGAAGAAUAUUUUGGCAAGGGUGCAUCAUGGACACAAUCAAAGCAAGUAAAAAGGUUGUUUUCAAGUCGAGAGAGGUCACCCGGAAUAUGGUUCCCCCUAGACUGCAGUUAAGCCGGAUUGUAAUUUACCAAGCUCCAGCGGGCAACUAACCUCCACCAGAGUAAACACAUUGAGGCCCU